AUGGCGACCAGCGCGUCGAGAAAUCAAUCCAUCACCUUCAAGGCAAAACAGCCCCUCAGACGGGAUGGAAACAUCCUAUACGGAGUAAGCCAAGCCAAAUAUGAGCGCCUUAUCCAACUCGUCUGGGCACACACCGACAUGGGGCUAUGCCCAGUAAAGCAAUACAUCCUGACGCCAGCGCAUCUGGCACCAUUGAUCGUCGGUAACGGAGCUGGUUGA